GAGGGCCGGAUCAAGAAAUGAGAGAAUCGCCUCAGGUGGGUCACCAGAAAGAUGAGAAGCCACGAGCUCACCACACGCUGAGCGGCAAUAGUUAUGAUAUUAUCGAACUGAACGCGGAAGAUUUGUUGGCGAAGUACACGCACUACUGCCAAAUCUGCGGGAAAGGGUUUAAGCGGGACGCGAACCUGCGAAUGCACAUGAGAGCUCACGGGGACGAGUACAAAACCAGCGCCGCUCUAAGCAACCCCAUGAAGAAUACAGAUAGCAACCGCAGCAAGGCGAACGAUGAGCAAGAGCGUUUGAGGCCGAAGAAGUACUCGUGCCCGCAAGAGGGUUGCCGGUGGAACCGGAAGCACCCCAAGUUCCAGCCUCUGAAGUCCAUGAUCUGCAUCAAGAACCACUACAAGAGGAGCCACUGCCCCAAGAUGUUCGUGUGCAAGAGGUGCAACCGGAAGCAGUUCUCGGUGCUGUCUGAUCUGAGGACGCAUGAGAAGCACUGCGGGGACGCCAAGUGGCAGUGCAGCUGCGGGACCACCUUCUCGAGGAAGGACAAGCUCAUGGGCCACGUCGCUUUGUUCGUCGGCCACUCACCGGCCUCAUCGGUCGACCUGAUGAACCCGGCAAGACUAGUUCAGCAAAAAGUUGCACCCACCAUCAUGCAGUUACAUGGUAUUGCUUAUGAUAGGGGAUGAGGGUUGGCAGGUGUAGACAUGUAGCGGAGUCAUCUGACCUAGGCACACGAGCAUCUUCCGUCGGCAAAAGAAGGGCCGGAACUGAUGCAGCAAACAGUUCAUACGUGCACAAGAUCAUCGGACACGCGGUGAUUGGCGUUACUUCUUCUGCAAGGAUAAAAUUAACCUGUAGAUAGCAGUUUUCUGGUGUUUGGGACUUUAGCGCAUGAAAUGAUGCGGGGCAGCAUAUCCCAUGUUAUCAUCUCUGGAAGUGAGAUCGUUGAUGUCGCCGACGAUCAACCGUUAUGUUUUUGUCUGUAGUUUGCAAGAAACAAUGUAAGAUUCCUGUUAGCUGUGCUUGAGGGCAUGAUGCCUCUGGGAUCUCAUGUAACAUAUGAACUUCACUUUAGUUCUCUUUUCUGUCUUUUGGGAAGAGCCAAGGUGCAAGAGUAGAAUAUCAUAUGCAUGUUGAUUUACCAACUUCUUCCCUACCCAAUUUGAAUUUCCUCCA